UGGGCGAGGAGCUCAUCUCCAAGGAUCAUUUUCACAGCUGGAGUCGGGACUUGGAGGUGGAGGAGGAGGGUUCGGUCCGGCUCGGCUCCGGGCGGUGAUUGGUGGGUUUGCUCCGCGGCAAGAUGGCUGCGUUGGCGCCCGCAGUCAAUAGCGGCAUCCUGGUGGAAUGACGCAAGCCACGCAGCUCGCCUUCAGUCCUCGGAGGCUCCACUCUCCAUAGCGCAGAUUUCCCACCGAGCAGCACCGGAAGACGGAGCGGCUAUACCAGCCUCCCCAGCGGACCGAGCGGAACCGGCGCCUCUUCCGUGUAAGAGUGCGAUGAGGAGAGCUUUUCCAGUGUGAGGCCAUGGGCUGCACCUCGGCCAAGCAGGUGUCGGCCGUGCCUAACGAUGAGGAGGGACGUGGCAAGGCCUACAGCAAUGGAGACCUCUUCGCCGAUGAAUACAAGAUGAAGGGAGUGGAGGAGGUGAAGUACAUGAGAGGGGAGGAAAACCGGGUAAACGCACGCAACCAGGAAAACCUGGAAAAAAGUAACGUGCAACACAGGGGCAAGCAGCAGCAGAAUGAAACAGCAAACAUUAAAUCAAAUAUUCACUCGUCAGAGAGCCAGCAGGAAUUCUUCAGAAUGCUGGAUGAGAAGAUUGAGAAGGGGAGAGACUACUGCUCGGAAGAAGACGGCGGGACAUAGCACAGCGGCCCCCCCUAGAGAUGACACCAACUGAGACCCUCACAAAGUGUGUGUGUGUGAGAGAGAUGUGUGUGUGUGUGUGGGUGUGUGUGUGUGUGUGUGUGUGUGUGUGUGUGUGAGUUGAGUCAGUGUUUUAGCAGUGGGGGCGUGCAUGUGCAGGGUUUUCCGAGCAUCAAGCGGCAAAGAUAGUAUUUUAUCAAGAGUAUAAGUGAGAGAAUGAGACAAAAAGACACUUUCUUCAGAGACUGUAGCCCCGCCCUUUGCACACCUGGCCCCUCCUACACAAACGGAGAGAGAAGGUUCCAAGACCAAUGGUGUGUCCCUUUCCACCAUUUACCAACAAGCAACCCCAAAUAUGGGGGCAGACCUAGAACUGAGGGGUCAUGUGACGCCACAUUGGGACUCCUUUUAGGGAGCAAGGCCAGAGGCGUUGAAGAGGGAACAUUUUGUGAUAUUUUUUUUUUUUCAAGUCAGGAGGUCGACAACCUUUUUUUUUUUUUUUUUUAUCCCAAUGUCAUUUUGUUCUCCUCAUCAGCAUCAUACAGUGUCUCAUCCUUUUUCAUUUCACCAGCAGACAUUCAUUCUGUCAACUUCACUCUAUUUUUAUUGUUAUUUUAUUGCACACACACACACACUCGGGCACUGUAGCAACAAAUGGAGCUGAGAGCUCAAGCGGGUUGGAGGAUGCUGGGCGUUGCCAUGGAAACAACGACCUGAUCAGAAUGUUUUUGACAUGUUUACUGGAGACUUCCUGUUGUAUUAUUUGGAUACUUUUUUUCUAUUAAAAUAAAAACGGCAAAGCUCUUAGACCGCA